AUGGCUGCCCUGCCUGCGUGGAACCUUCUCAAAGGCAAGACUGCCGCAAUUACCGGUGGAACAACCGGAAUUGGUCGUGCGAUAGUGUUGGCUUUCAUCACACAAGGCUGCAAUGUCGCUGUCAAUCAUCUAGGCCUUCCUAAAGAUGAUGCGCAUCGCCACAGUCUUAUCGAAGAAGUCAAGGCAAUCGAGAACAAGGGAAUCAAAGCUGGCAAGAUCUUAGAACUUGCAGGCGAUGUGACCAAUCCACAGACUAGCACAGACUUGGUCAAUGAAGCUGUGUCUGAAUGGGGAAAAUUGGAUAUCUUUGUUGCCAAUGCCGGGGUGUUCAAGCAAGCAGAAUUCCUGACAAUUGAACCGUCUCUCCUCGAUCACAGCGUGGACGUCAAUAUUAAAGGCUGCUUCUAUUCGUGUCAAGCAGCCGCUCGCCAAAUGGUAAAACAAGGACAUGGCGGUUCGAUCAUCGGAAUUUCCUCUGUCAGUGCUCUACUAGGCGGUGGCUUGCAAACCCACUAUACUCCUACAAAAGCUGCAAUCUUGUCGAUGAUGCAGUCCAUGGCGAUUUCUCUUGGAAAGGACAAGAUCCGGUGCAAUGCCUUGAUGCCUGGCACCAUCGCGACCCAGCUGGCCGACCACGACAUGAAGAACCCUACCAAGAAAGCUGCCCUGGAAGCGCGUAUUCCUCUCGGUCGCAUUGGCGACCCCGAAGAUAUGGCGGGCCCUGCUGUUUUCUUGGCUUGCGAGGAGAUGAGCCGUUAUGUAAACGCCACGGGUGUGUUGGCUGAUGGUGGAAUGUACAGUAAUCUGCAGUAG